AUGAACGCGCCUUCGCGGUAUGAGAUGUUUGUUCUGAACGACGGGGAGGCAAAGGUCGAGGUAGUGGAGGACACCAAGAUACCGAAUGCGGCGACGCUGACAAUCAACAAGGAGGAUCACACACUCGCCAACAUGCUGCGGUCCCAACUCCUCCUCUUCCCCUACGUCCAAUUCGCCGGCUACAAAGUCCCACACCCUCUCGAGCCUCGCGUAGUCCUCAAAGUGCAAACCGACGGCUCGCGGACGCCCCUCGUCGCCGUGCAAGAAGCGAUCAACACGCUGUUGAUCUUGUUGGGGAGGGUCAGGACGCAGUUUCAGCAGGAGGCUGUCAGGGCAAGGGCGUUGGAGGGGACGGAGGACCAGUUUGCGGGUGCUGGGGAGGGGUUCUUCUGA